AUGUCAGCCUCACACACUACAGCCUCGAAUACACUGUCGAGGAGUAGGGGAGCGGUAUUGGCCAUCACAACUUGUGCCGCUGCAUAUGGAAUAUACUAUCUUUAUAGCACACAAGUCACUGAUACACGAGACAAUACUGGUGGUAGCAGACUACGUCGAAGCAAUGCGGUCCAUCGACGGCGACGCACAGAAACAAGCAACGAGUCUAUAACUGCUCAGCUACGACCUAUUCCACCAGGUGAAGACGAGGAUGCGAAUGUUGUAGCCAGACCUUUGACAGAUGGAGAUACAGUGGUGGAUGAUGGGCCGGGAUAUGAUUCCGGCCAGACAGGAAGAGCACCAACUGCAGAAGAUGAACGAAACGGGCAAAAUAUUGUUCAACUUCUGUUUCGUGUUUCCGAAGAUGCUACGAGGCGAAACGCAUAUGUACACAGGGGAUGUGGCUGUAAUGGUUGUUCAGUAGUUCCUAUUCGAGGAAUUCGAUACAGAUGUGCAAACUGUGCAGACUUUGAUCUUUGUGAAUCAUGCGAAGCACAGGGCAUACAUACCAAGACGCAUAUAUUCUACAAAGUUAGGAUACCAGCACCAUCGUUCGGUCCAAGGCAAGUACAACCUGUAUGGUAUACUGGAGAGCCUGAUAACAUAGACCGAGUCAAGAUCUUGCCCAAGGAAUUGAUCGCGAAAUAUUCUCGCGAGACGGGGUUUGAGAGACCGGAAUUGGAAGCAUACUUUGAACAAUGGAAUUUCAUGGCGAACACACCUUGGCCAGAAGACCCUGACGAUAUACGCCUAGCCAUGGAUAGGAGAACAUUUGACCGGUGCUUAGUGCCCAGUGGUGGUUACAGACAUCAUGCCCCAAGUCUUAUAUUCGACAGGAUGUUUGCCUUCUAUGAUAGUAACAGAGAUGAUCUCAUCUCAUUUUCGGAAUUUCUCAGAGGUCAGGCAUACCGCAAGCAGAAGGAUAAAUGGCAUGUGAUUUUUGCAGGUUACGAUAUAGAUGAUGAUGGCUACGUCGAUAGGAAAGAUUUCCUACGGAUGUUCCGCUCUUACUACGUUUUAUAUCGCCAAAUGCAUAGAGAUAUGUUAGAAGGUCUUGACGAACAGCAGAUGAUGAGCUCAGAAGCACAUGCACACCUUAGUGGUCGUAACGCUCUCGGCCAAUUGUUUCAAGCAGGUUCAGGGCCAAAUCCAUCAGUAGAGUUGCGUGCUGGCGAGGGCAAACGUAUCCGUGACGGAGAGCUGGAGAUACAUGAUGGAAGGGGUGUGAUGAGGCCAAGUGCUAAUGACACUUCAAGUCGAGCUGAUACUAUUAUCAAUUUUAGUUCGAUUUCGACUACUGCAAAGCGACCGGUUGAGAGGACACAAAGCUACUGGCGAUUUUUGAUGGACUACCCCAAUGAAGAAGAUACCCUUGAUGAUUAUAUUGAGCAAAUUACCCGACAACAACUGGAAGCCAGCGAUGCGGAGUGGGAUUCGGACGACCCCGUUCUACUCGAUGAGUCUCACGUCACUGAAAAUCCGUUUUUGGCCCCCGCUGAAGCAGCGACCAUAUCCUUCGAACGCCGUCGACGUGAUUUGAAUAUCACCGACGAAGACGUCCAAGCAGUUUGCGGACCUGAAUAUACAUUAUCAAACAUUCCAGAGAGUGCCCGCCCAUUCAUUAUAAAGCACACUUUGAAAAGACACAAAUCGCGAUACUUAUUGCAUGAGCGAUGGAAGCGAAGACAAUUUUACACCGAUGAAGAAGAAGGAGCAUCACCGCCUGCUGACUGGAACGACGAAGAAGAUCUUCCCACAAAUAGUGCUGAUGGAGAAUCCUCCAAGUCUCAAUUUCAGCAAAGGCCGACUAUUCAUUCUCGAUCUUCCUCCAAGGUACGAUUUGCCGAGGACAUGGAUGAUUUUGAUACGCGCUCAAACCCUUCAACAUCUUCGCGAAGCGUGCCUGAACGUUGGGGUGGCAUAGAGAUAUCCGAUGCGGAAAAGGACGUGGGGAAGGAGAUUUUGUACCAAGUCACGCAGCAAGCUUAUAAUGAACUCCUAGAUCCAUUGUUUCGGGCUAAAGAAGAUUUGGCGGUGGCGGUCUUAGAAACAAAGGAAGAACGUGAUAAAUAUCGACAUCUUUUCAAUACCGAAGACUUCACAAGGUGGGCUAGGGCUAAGAAAUUCGAAGAAGAGAAACUAGUUAACCCUGAGAACAUGGGUGGUGGUAUCAUCGAGAGAACAAAUAUCACUAAUAUUGAUCUUAAUCCACGGCCCGUCUGGCCUGAUAUUCCUGAGGUAGAAAUUGAGGAUGUACGAGAAAGGCAAUUAGAUGAACUCCUAGCGGCUACAGGUUACGAAGUGGAGCAGCCCGGUGGUGCCGAUGCCGUGCCCAGUUUGGCGACCGUUCCUGACUGUGUAUUAUCAGGUGUCUCACGCCGCGAAUUUGACCUUGAAAUGGCAGUACUUGAAUUUCAACAUGCUCCCUAUUAUAUGGACGAUCCGUUGAGGGCAUGGAGAUAUUACGUUGAUAAAGAAAAUCUCAGCCUGGAUCAACAGCGUGAACUUCUCAAUGCUUUGCAGUCUCUCUUGCCACCGACUCUUUCGUUCUAUAUUGAUGUACAUCUCAAAGAGAAAGAACAAGAGCGUGAUGAGGCUACCAGUACUACUAGCUCCCAAUUGUCUGAGCACAAAGAUCCUACACUCCCUCAAUUCAGACCCAAUUCCGUUUCUGAUAAUGUGGUUUUGGAUAGACCGACCGGAGAGUGUCAGUCAAGUCUUGAAUCGUCGAUUUCAAGGUCCUUGCAGGUCAAGAAACAAGAUUUGGCAAAGGAAGAAAAGAGACCAAGUGACGAGGUAUUAUAUAAGUUGUGGGCAAUUGAAGGUGUGGAGCAGGAGGGCAAGGAGAGGGGUGGACUAGGAAAAAUAAAUUUCGAGGAGUUUGAGCAGAACUUUGUACUUAAGGGGUGGUUGAUAGCGAAAGAAGCGGAUGCUGGUCAGGUGGAUUGGCUCAGGGAUGAUGAAAGCACCGGGAUAGCGCCACUAACCAGCGAUGGUGAAAUGAGCGACAUCAGUGAGGUGUGA